CACAUUCAUACACGAAUACAGACAUUACUCGAACAGUUCGUCACGAUAAGUGCACGAUCUAGUAAUGGUGACACAACACAACUUGCAAGUUCUCUGUAAAUGCCCCUUUCGCGAAGGGUUAGGCGAAAAAGGGAGUUCCGAACGAAAAGAGCACGGUUACGGUACAGAGGAAGCCAUAGGCAGCGAGCAGCUUCAGUAAAGCAGCUACAGGGGACGCCUGCGCACUGCAGCCCUGCCAGCCUCCUGUCUCAGGGUGUCGAUACUGAAGCUGGAACACGAGAGCAAAUAUAUUAAUUUGUACAUAUAUAAUAACCAUCAUAAUAAUAAAGAAACGGAUGUGCUUCAGAAAACGAAACGGCUACAGCCCUCCAGAUCAUUUUAAUGCAAAAAUUUAUACAGGCCCUGUACCGGCAGAGAGACAGCCUCCGAUGUCGCAGAAUGAGACUUCCCCAAGCAGAGCACAACAGGCUGGCAACCACCGACCAAAUACAUGCUGCUUCUGCUGGUGUUGCUGCUGCAGCUGUUCAUGGUACGUCAUACAAUCUAUUUGGUAUGAAAUACGACAGAUUUGUAGCAGGAAUGAAGAUGAGAACCGAACACGAAGGAAGUCAAAGUCGCAGGACACCAAACUGGAGACCAUACCAAACUGUGAAGCAUGCACCAGACCAACAACAGAGGAAGUGCGGCUAUGGGCACAGUCUUUUGACAAGUUAAUGAAGAAUCCUGCUGGAAGAAAUGUCUUCAGGGAAUUCUUAAGAACUGAGUACAGUGAGGAAAAUAUGCUGUUUUGGUUGGCAUGUGAAGACCUCAAAAAAGAAAUUAGCAAAUCUGUUAUUGAAGAGAAAGCAAGAAUGAUCUAUGAGGACUAUAUAUCUAUACUUUCACCUAAAGAGGUUAGUCUUGACUCCAGGGUACGUGAAGUAAUUAACAGGAAAAUGCAGGAUCCAACGCCUCACGCAUUUGAGGAUGCGCAGCUUCAAAUCUACACCCUAAUGCACAGAGACUCUUAUCCCAGGUUCCUGAACUCUAUGAUAUACAAAUCACUGAUUCAGAGCACCUCACGCUCAUCUUCAGAAUCGUAGGCCAAUUCAGUUCAACUGCACAACCACUGAAAGCAAAUCCAGAUCUUUUGGAUUAUUUUUGUUAAGCCCUUUUUAACUCACCAUGUCUGUUCUACAGACAUAACUGGAAGGUACAGGGUCAUCGUCAAAUGACAUUUAUUUUCUUCUUUUUUCACUUUUAUGAGGCCAUUUACUAUGAAGACUACUACUACUGAUUUCAUGUUGCCAAAUGUAUAAUAGGAAGAGGGAAGGAGACUGCAAUAAUACACUGUGUGAACCGGCUUUGUGAGAAGACUGUCAUUGUGAAAAAAGAUUCUUAUCAUUUCUGUCAAAAUGCAAAAAAUAAAAUAUUCAUUAUUUGUGUAAAGUGGGAGGCACCAACGGCAAAUAGGGUUUUAAAAAUAUUGUACUGUUUUUACAGUACAUUCUAGAGUAAAGGUUUUAAAUGGUGUUUAAGCACCAGGGUAGGAGAAACACCUGAGGCAUUUGUGUCCUUGUGCACAUAAAACGUCAGUUUAAAGCUACCCUGAAAUGGGCACCAGUCAUGGCAUGUACUGGGAUCCAGGUUUUUAAAUUUUAUAUUACCCACCACAUCAAUAUAAUAAAAAGGUCAGAGUUCAGUAUACUCCUAACUACUUUAUCAUACUUAUCAAAGUCAGUGGUUUAAACAACUGGACUCUUUUGAGUGUUUUUAUUGACUUCUGCUAACAGUAUGAUCUGCGCUCCCACUAAGUGAAUUACAGCUUUUCCAAAAAAUGAAUUCAAAUAGAGGCCUGUACUGUAUUUUAUAACCUCCUCGGAGUUUUUCAUCUGUAGUACAAACUAAAGUGGAGCGCUUCUAGGUGCCAAACCUGUAGUUUAUAGACCUUGUUGAGGACACAAAACAUUCUUCAGGAUGACUUAAUCCUGUGACUGAAAGAAAGCCAGAGAUUGUCAGUAGGGUAAUCUCAUACUCCGGAAAUGCAGAGAAAAUGUUUUCUGCCCAUUACUCUUCAUGUACUAACAUUAACUGGUAUACAUUUAAGCAGUGCAAUGAGGUUUGUUUCUAAUGAAAGGUACAGAUCCUUUUCCUUCCUUGCUGCAAGGACUUAAUUGAUAACUUCAUAGAAACCUUUGGAUGGUCACUGUGUCACUUCUUAUUUCAUGAUUGUUUCAUUAGCAUAGAUUAGUUGAGAGAGACACUGGCUGUCAUAUCACUGUCUGAGAAUCACAUAUUUCAGGGCUUUAUUAGCAACUAUAUCCAAAUGAGGAAGCAAACAUAAAAUCUGUUUUGACUUGCAUAAUGGAGCAGAAUAAAAACUGUAAUAAAGUAAUCGAUCAAUUAGUCAGAAAACCUCGGAGACUAACUUAUCUAGCAUUUCUGGAACUUGAUGGAUACCUUACUUAUUUGUAACUUUUCUUGUGUAUUUUUGCAAGUGUUUGACCGCAGCAAAUGUGAAAAUUGCUGAGAUUUUAUGGUAUUUUUAUUUAUAAAAUGCAGAUGUGCAUUUUACUAAUACAGUAUAUCAUUUUAUUUAUAAUCAACAAUUUACUAUUUGUUUUUAAAUCAAAAUAAUAAAAGUAAUUUGGCCAUUAUUUUAUGUCAUUACCAAAUAACAGAUUUCCAAAACUAUGCUAAACAUUCAGAUUAAAACCAUAGGAGAUGUUAAAUUCAGUGCAAUUUUAAGCUAUAAAUUACCACAUUCCUAUAGACACCUUACUUAUUUAUUGCAUUUUAUAUGAUUUUUCUCUUAUCCUUCACUCUAGUGUGAUAUAUAAAGCUAGAUGGGCCGCAAUAGAUAACUUGAUAUUUUGAGUGUUAAGCCACAAUGUUGUCCCAUAUUUAAGUAAUGUGUUUAAAACCCUUGUCAGUGGGACUAUCUCAGUUGAAAUAAAAUGCCUGAUAUAUAUGGUAUAGGAUUUAAAAUAAAUGCACAUAAUGAAAGCAUUUAUGUGGUACUGAACUGUACUGCCACUCAUUCUUAUAUAUUCUGGUGGCCAUUAUUUUUGCUCUGUAGCUAGAAGCUGCUAUUACCCUGUGUCUUCUCUAACUGAUUUCCACAUAUUACAUGAGAAUGACUUUAUACUUGAUACAGUAAGAGUGGUCACAAUUGACUAAAUGGUUGGCCAAAUUUUUUAAAUUGCAACCACCAUACAAAAAUAGCAUAUUGUGAGCUGGGGGGGGCUGAUCGCACCCUCAGAGAAUACAGACGUUCCUGGGAAAACC